AGAACAAAUGGAAGAACUAGAACUGGCAUGUUGGUCCACAUUCCCUCAACCAAUGUCUUAGGUGCGGCGGCAUAGGGAUCUGUCUUUUGCCAAAACCACAUUUUUUGUCUUCUCGAAAGUUCCUUCACUGUAUCCAUCAUUGACCAACCGAAAUCCAACGGCCAGGACCUUUUCACCUGUCGUGGCCCUACGCGGAGAUGUCGGAGAGCGCCGUCGCCGGCGGAGGAGGUGGGCCCGACUUCAGCCUCCCCGACGAGAUUCUCGCCGUCAUACCCACCGACCCUUACGAUCAACUCGAUCUGGCCAGGAAGAUCACUUCCAUGGCCAUCGCUUCGAGGGUUUCGAAGCUUGAGGCCGAAGUUUCUGGCCUCCGACAGAAGCUCGUCGAGAAGGAUCGACUUGUCUAUGAACUCGAAGGCAGAGUCGCCUACCUGGAGAAAGCUUUCCAGGAGGCUGAUUCCGGUUUGAGGAACGUCCUCGAUGAAAAUGUGAAACUCACCCAGGAGCGGGACUCAUUGGCCAUGACCGCAAAGAAACUCGGUCGUGAUUUUGCAAAGUUGGAAGCAUUCAAGAAACAACUGAUGCAAUCACUGAACGACGGCAAUCCAUCUCAAACAGUCUCCACUGAUGUCGGAACUGUCCCUCGAGUCUAUCCCGACAGAGACGAGACAUCGAAUGGCUACUCGGCAAACUUUUCCUACUCUGGUUCGAUAGACACAGGAAACUCAAAAGACGGAGCAGGUCUAAGUAAAGCCGGGCAGAGGCUGUCUUCGACUCCGACAGGAACACCGAGAAUAUUGUCGGGAAGUGCAUCUCCAAAGAUAAUGUCUGGCGCCGCUUCUCCCAUAACGUCGCAUUACGAUGUACGUGUCUCUCUCCCCUCGUGGUGUUCCAGCCAGCAGUCUUCAGGAGCAAACUCUCCUCUUUCUCUUCCACCUUCAGAGUUCUUUAGGCAAGCCAGGAGCCGCUUGUCUUACCAACAGUUCAGCGCCUUUCUGGCGAACAUCAAGGAACUAAACAACCAGAAGCAAACCCGAGAGGAAACGUUGAAGAAUGCGGAAGAGAUAUUUGGGACGGAAAACAAAGAUCUUUACUUGUCCUUUCAGGGACUUCUCAGUCACAGACAGAAGAACGAACACUGAUGCCUGAAGAUUCACUUCCCCCAAGCAACAACAUCCACCACCUGCAGUGGCCCUUGUUUGGACCAAACACAGCUUGCGAGAAUAAGAUCACUUCCGAGAGUUUUCUUUUCGAUUCUGGAAAAAAAAAAUUUGUUUCAUGUUCUCUUUUUCUCUCAGAUUUUGCGUGGAAACCAUUUAUAAUAAUAACAAUAAUAAUAAUGAUUUCUACAUGAUCA